AUGUCCAGCACUAUCUUUUACAAAUUUAGGUCACAAAAUGGGUCGUCAAGAAUAUUGUUUGAUGGUACCGGUAUAACAGUAUUCGAUUUGAAGAGAGAAAUCAUUCAGGACAACCGUUUGGGAGAUGGCACUGAUUUCCAACUACGACUUUACAAUCCUGACAGUGGGGAAGAGCUCGAAGACGAUUCUCAGGUUAUCUCACGGUCCUCAAAUGUAGAAGCGCGGCGAUCUCCCGCUAUAAAGGUAAAUGGGCUUAACGGACGCAUAUCCCUUGGGAAUGCCGUUAGAUACGUGACUGGUAAACCAAGAGUUACCAAGACUAGUAGCAGUGUUCCUGCGGUCAAUACACAAGCUACUAAUACCAAAGGUAUGAAUGAAGAAGACGCUAUUGCGAGCAUGUUUGCCAAUCAGGAAAGUCAGUGGCAGCAAACCCAGCAAGAUAUGGCCGGUGCAACUCCAGUGUUCCAUAAAACCGGUAACGUAGCGGGUCAAGAUGAAGGACCUCCUCCUCCCGGUUAUAUGUGUUACCGGUGUGGUGGCAAAGAUCACUGGAUCAAAAAUUGCCCCACAAAUUCUGACCCUAACUUCGAAGGCAAGCGCAUACGGCGGACUACAGGUAUCCCCAAAAAAUUUCUCAAGAGUGUGAAUGUGGAUCCAACUACCAUGACUCCUGAGGAGAUGGCCCAACAACGUAUCAUGGUUACCGACGAUGGAAGUUUCGUGGUUCAAGUCGCAGAUCAACAUUCAUGGGAAGAUUACCAGAGGAAGCAACAGUCGCGAGCCAUGAAUCAAAAUGAUAUCAUAUGGGAUAAAGGUCAUUUCCCAGAUUUGCCGGAUGACCUGAAAUGUCCCAUAACCGGUGGAUUGUUAAAAAAUCCGGUCAAAACUAGUAAAUGUUGCGGCAAAGAUUUCUCGCGACAAGCUUUGGAAGACAUGCUGGUAGAAAAUGAUUUUACAUGUCCCGCUUGUAGCCAAAGUGAUAUUCUUCUAGAUUCACUGGUUCCAGAUGAAGAGAAAAAAAAGCUAGUCGAAAAAUUUAUGGAUGAGCAUAGCGUAAAACGUAAAGGUAAGGGCGAAGACCUGGAACCAGCUAAAAAAGCCAAGUUAGCCAUGCCAGUACCGCCUUUCGGCAUGCCGUUCCCUAUGUUCCCCAUGCCGUUUGUACCCAGCAUAAAUUCUACCAAGCAAUGA